AUGCGGCUCUUCUUUCGGCUGCUCAAGCAGCCGAUCCCCAAACAGAUCGAGCGCUACUCUCGCUUCUCUCCGUCGCCGCUGUCAAUCAAACAGUUCCUGGAUUUCGGAAGAGAUAAUGCAUGUGAAAAAACUUCAUAUAUGUUUCUGCACAAGGAGCUUCCUGUACAACUGGCUAACACAAUGAGAGAAGUUAAUCUUUUGCUGGACAACUUGUUGAAUCGUCCUUCGGUGGGGUUAGUUCAGAGUUGGUACAUGCAGAGCUUCCUUGAACUUUUAGAAUAUGAAAACAAGAGCCCAGAAGACCCACAGGUUUUAGAUAACUUUCUCCAUGUUCUGAUUAAUAUCAGAAACAGACACAAUGAUGUUGUUCCUACAAUGGCCCAAGGCGUGAUUGAAUACAAGGAAAAGUUUGGGUUUGAUCCAUUUGUUAGCAGUAACAUCCAAUAUAUCCUGGAUCGUUUUUAUACCAACCGCAUUUCUUUUCGCAUGCUUAUUAACCAACACACACUUCUGUUUGGUGGUGACACUAAUCCUGCUCAUCCUAAGCACAUAGGGAGUAUCGAUCCCACCUGCAAUAUAGCUGAUGUGGUGAAAGAUGCAUAUAAAACAGCUAAGAUGCUCUGUGAACAGUAUUACCUGGUAGCUCCAGAGCUGGAAGUGGAAGAAUUCAAUGGAAAAUAA